CUAUAUUUGUUCAAAUAACUUACCUUAUGUUUUUAGUUUUGCCUGCUUUACAGGAAUCCAUUCAUCCGGUAGAGAAAUCUGGCUGGACUUGUUCCGCCUCAGGAGUUCAAGGCGUGUCAGUCGCACAACAGGCGCACACUGAGCCGCGUGGCUCAGGCUGCGGGGGUCACGCAGGAAGGUCAACGGUUGGGCCGGAGAGAGGUCAGCACCGUUCCAAUGGGAGACGGUUGGUGGCUGUCGGGGAAGAGUGAGACGGCGGCCGAGGAGGACACACAGAUCUACCCCUUCACCGUGACAACCAGCGACGAGGAGAUACAGGACCUGCACAGGCGCCUGGACCAGACCAGACCAGUGGAGGGCCUGGAGGACGCCUGCUUUCAGUACGGCUUUAACCCCGCCUACUUGCAGAGGGUCGUCUCUUAUUGGAGGAACCAAUUUGACUGGAAGAAACAGGUGGCUGUGCUCAACCAAUACCCUCACUUCAAAACCAAGAUUGAAGGUCUGGACGUGCACUUCCUGCGCUGCACCCCUGCGUCUCCGGGCUCGGUGGGCUGCGUGGUGCGUCCGCUGCUGUUGGUGCACGGCUGGCCCGGAAGCUUCUACGAGUUCUACCGCCUCCUCCCGCUGCUGCUGGAGCCGCAGGACGGCCUCGCCUUCGAGGUCAUCUGCCCCUCCAUCCCCGGAUACGGCUAUUCCCAGGCCCCGCAGGUCAAAGGCUUCAACACUCUGGCUGCUGCGCGUGUGUUCCUGAAGCUGAUGAAGAGGUUGGGUCACUCUGAGUUCUACCUGCAGGGUGGCGACUGGGGAUCCAUCAUCACCACCAAUAUGGCCCAGAUGAAGCCCGAGUGUGUGCGUGGGCUUCACCUUAACAUGUUUAACGUGACUUCGGGAGGCGUGGGGAUGGUGAUGUCACUGCUGCUGGGCCCGUACGUGCCGUCUCUGGUGGGCCUGAGUCAGGAGGACACCAGGCGCCUCUUCCCCUACGUGGAGAAGAACCUCCACACACUCCUCAGAGAGACCGGAUACCUGCACAUACAGGCCACAAGGCCCGACACAGCAGGCCGAGCGCUGAAUGACUCGCCGGUGGGUUUGGCUGCGUAUAUCCUGGAGAAGUUCUCCUGCUGGACCGACUCGCAGAACACGGAUAUGGAAGACGGUGGCCUGGAAAGGAAGUUCUCUCUGGACGACCUCCUUACCAACGUGAUGAUCUACUGGACCACACGCUCCAUCACCUCCUCCAUGCGGUUCUACAAGGAGAACUUCAGCGAGAACAUCCAGAAGAGAGUGGACUCCAAGGUGAGUGUAUCUGUGCCUACGGGUUUAGCUGCAUUCCCCCAGGAACUGUUCCACACGCCACGCUCCUGGGCCCGCAGGAAGUUCCGGAACAUUCUCUCCUACUCCUACAUGCCAAGCGGCGGCCAUUUCGCAGCGUUUGAGGAGCCGCAGCUCCUAGCGAACGACUUCAGGGAGUUUGUGAGGAAAGUGGAGAAUUUGCAGAAAUGAAACGAUGGCAGAGGAGGGAAUGUGUAGGAAAGUGAAGAAAUGAAAUGACGUUGGAGUGUGUGUGUGUGUGUGUGUAUGUGGAGGGGGUUAUUCCAGGUGUGUGGCUUUGGUGACAAACCUGGGUAAGUUAACUCAACAGUAAGAGUGAUAAACCUCUUAAUGGAAGAGCACUAUGGCUUAAUUGUUGCAGAAAAACAAAAGCAAAAGGGCUCUUCUAUUGAGGACAAGUGAAGCAGAUCGUUGACAUGCCAACCAAACACAUUAGUAUCCAUAAGGGAUGAAAUCCCACCCUUCUUGGACCAGAAGGUGCCACACAGACAGACUGCUGCACAUUCAGACUGAGUCUACAAACACAUACGCACACACACACACACACACACACACACAAAAUAAGGUGUACCACUCAGAGUCCAGGUUUUCCCAGGUUUGCCACUGAAUCCCCCAAGGGGUGGAUUACAAAGUGAGCUUACUACUUUCUCCAGGUAACCCCGGGAUAAACCGCUGAUCUCUAAAAGGACACAGAACGGCCAUCUAUUCUAUCAAUUGUUCUAAAUGUGUUGUGUUCCUAAAGAGUGGUUCCUCCUGACGUUACCUAGAUAUGUGCCUAACCUCACUUGUCCUGUAGUACAGGGAGGUAUUCCAAGAACGUGGUUUAGUGACAAACCUGGUAAGUAUGCUCAAGUGGUAAACCUCCUAAUAGAAGAGCUGUAUGGCUUCAUUCUCCUAACAAAACAAUGCCCUAGGGCUCUUGUCCUAGGAGACUUACCCAGUUUUUCCACUAAACCCCAUACUUGGAAUACCCCCCUGGUCCUGUGCGGCUGUGUACUGUAUGUAUACACUGGGUUCUCAAGUGCAUUACUGUAUUGCUGCAAGUGCCAUUUACUCAUAUUCCUACUUAAUAGAUUUGGAAUUAUGCUUUUACUCCCUACACUGCAACGCCUUAGUCAUGUUGCUAUUUUAUUAAUGUUAUCUUUGCAUAUUUGAUUUUGUAGACUGUUUUUUGUUAAAUGAUGAAUCAAUAUUGACUUGACAAAAUACAAAGGCUACUAUUAUUUGUAAAUAUGAAGUACAACUGUGUUGUACAUUCACAACUCAUAAUAAAACAUUUU